CAAACUUUCAAAAUGUAAAUAACAAAUGCGCUUCUCAUAACCUUCUCCGAAAUAUCCCAAGUUCGUUUGGCUUACUGCUAUUCGUGUCAGAGCGUGCGGCUGGAAUUAUCAUCCGAACUUCAUGUCAUAGAAAUGGAACCACAAUCUUACGGGGACUGGUCUCAUCUCACCAUCAAGAAUUCGAAGCCUCAUCGUUGAGACCGGUUGAGACGCGCUCAGCCAUCGAUUUACAAAAUGACUGUUAUAAUCCCGCCACUAUACACUGUGUAUAUACUACGAUCAACCGUUCGCCAUUCUUCGCUAUAUAUUGGUUCAACGCCCAAUCUACCGCGACGGCUCAAGCAGCAUAAUGGUCAGGCUAAAGGUGGUGCCGCGCGCACAUCUAGAAGUACGUUAAGACCUUGGGAGAUGGUUGGUAUCGUAUCAGGUUUUCCUGGGAUGGUAGCCGCUUUGAAGUUCGAGUGGGCUCUUACCAAUCCUCAUACGUCAUUACAUAUCCCGACCACGUCUCGCAUAUCAGCAGCGGCGGGUAGAAAGCGAAAUGGUCAUCCCAAGCGUCCACGACACACAAUGACCUCGAUCCUUUCAAACGUACAUAUCCUUUUACGCGUACCUAGUUUUGCUAGAUGGCCAUUGAACGUCCACUUCUUCGAUCCCGAGGUAUACAAAGCAUGGAAGAAAUGUUGCGAUACCGCAGACGGACCUUUACAAGAUACAACUCAGAUAUUGACAGACUUUGGUUCUUCGCUCUCUGGUCCGCAGGAGACAGAAGGCUCUCAUUCUGAAAAUGAGUCAGAGCAACCCUGGGGUAUUCAUGCUUUACCACUUGACUAUGCCCCGAUGAAGGAUUAUGUGACGAAAACAAAAUCGAUAUACGACUUUGAGAGGGAAGGCGAUUGCGUGGUAUGUAGAGAACAUCUAGAACCAGGCCAGGGUCUCUAUGCGACAUGCUCGAAUGCCAGCUGUGAAGGCACCGGACACGUAUCAUGCUGGAGUAAACACAUACUUGGGAAAGAAGCUGAUGAGAAUAUCAUUCCUAUAUCUGGACAUUGCCCAAAGUGCAAAGGCCGAGUUACGUGGAUUGACCUGAUGAAAGAAGUGAGCUUGAGGGUUCGGGGAGCCAAAGAGGUUGAGAAGCUUCUUAAGAAGCCUAGAAAGCGCAAAGCGCAAGCUGAGUCUAUAUAAUAUCGAUAUAAAUAUAUAUCUACCUAGGUAACCCUC